GCGUAUGAGUUAACGACCGUGCGUGUUCCAAAGCGAAACGACAGAACGGUGUGAGCGAAGGAUCUCGAUUGGUGGCCUAUCGCUGCGCGUCUUUGCAGGCAUCCAUCUGCAAGAUGGCCGCAGUUGAUCCUGCUUUUAAGUCGCUGCCCAAAAAUUCAACAUUGUUUGCAACAUGGCGUGUUGAUAAAACGCAACUUGUGCUUGUUCCGAAAGAGCAGUAUGGCUACUUUUAUACUGGAGAUUCCUACAUUGUUGCUGCUGUGUCAGACUCAACUGAGCGGGCACAUAGCUUCAUGAAGGGUAAACGUGCGACAGGGCCACUCGAAAUUCACAUUCACUUUUGGCUAGGAACUCAGACCUCACAGGAAGAAGCAGGUGUAGCAGCAUACAAAACUGUGGAGCUGGAUAACUUUCUCGGGGCCACAUCAGUGCAGCACCGGGAGGUCCAAGGUUUUGAGUCCCGACGGUUCAUCUCUUAUUUCUCACGAGGCAUCCGCGUUCAAAGCGGGAAAGCGGAUGGUGUCUACACAGCAGCUGAUGACGUCUAUCCUCCCCGAAUGUACCAUAUCAAAGGAAAACGCAAGCCCAUCGUUCAGGAGCUGCCAUCCGUUUCGUGGACCCACAUGAACGAUGGAGACGUUUUUGUCAUCUACCUCUACCACAUCAUCUUUGUCUGGAAUGGAAAGUUCUCAAAUUAUGUGGAAAAGAUUCAGGGAGCCAUUGCGGCGCAACAGCUAAAGGCAGAAAAUGGCGAAGGCACGAUCAUCAUUGUUGACGAGGGCACCGAAAAGCAGCUGGGGUCCCCAGAGAAGGAGUACUUUGCCCACGUGCUCCCAUUUGACGAGAGGUACGUCAAGAGCCAUCGUGAUGUCCUUCAAAACCAAGGCUUUGAGAGGAACCCACAUUUUGAAAUAAAGCUGUACAGGUGUUCCGACGAAAAUGGCACUUUGAGGGUAACUGAAGUGAAGACUGGUCCCCUCGAUCAACAGGACUUGGUUUCUCAGGAUUCCUUCAUAGUGGACAAUGCAGAAGCUGGCAUUUGGGUGUGGGUCGGGAAAAAAGCCAGCCAGAAGGAACGAGUGGAAGCCAUGAGAAAUGCUCAGGGCUUCAUUAAAAAAAAGGGCUAUCCUCAUUGCACUCAAGUGACGCGUGUUGUCGAAGGAGGGGAACCCACGGAGUUCAAAUGCCUUUUCCAUAACUGGCAUAAGGCAGAGUCAAGUGUUCCUGCAGCAAUCUCUUCAGCAAAGAGUCGGGCGCAAGUUGCACCGGGCAAAACGAUCCAGACAAAAUUUGAUGCCGCAACGCUCCAUUCCAACCCAAACUUGGCAGCCCAAAUGCAACUGGUGGACGACGGCAAAGGAAAGAAAGAGCUGUUCAGGGUGCACAAUGCGGACCUACAUCCUGUAGAUCCCAAGGAACAGGGCAAAUUUUACUCCAAGGACUGCUACGUGGUUGUCUACAUUUAUGAAACUGACGGGAAAGAACAUUGUCUUAUCUACUAUUGGCUGGGUGAAGAAUCUUCUCUAGAGGACCAGGCAGCAGCCGGUGUGAAAGCUAUAGAGCUGGAUGAUAGAUUGCAUGGACAAGCAGUCCAGAUUCGACUCAUUCAAGGCCAGGAAACUCCCCAUUUCAUGACCAUCUUUGCUGGGAAGAUGAUAGUUUUGGGGGGCAACAAAUUACGAGGAAUCCGAAAUGGCCGGUUCACUUCCCAACCAGAAGACUGCUAUCUGCUUAGAGUUCACGGCACAAACGAGAGGAACACCAAAGCUGUACAGGUUCCAUGCUCAGCAGCAUCACUCAACUCUGGUGACGUGUUCCUUCUCUUUGGCCCUUCAACUGUGCACCUGUGGGCUGGUCGUGGAAGCACCGGGGACGAACGAGAGAUGGCAAAGAAGGUUGCCACAGAUUCGGGAAAAGAGAUGAUCCUGGUUACAGAAGGUCAGGAAAAGGAUGAUUUCUGGACUGCCAUUGGUGGGAAGCUAAACAUAAACACUACAAAGUAUAUGCAAAUGGAAGAGCAUCCUCGUGCAGUGAGGCUGUUCCAGUGCCUGUCCCGUUCUGGGAGACUCUGUGUGGACGAGAUAGUGAGCUUUGAUCAGAGCGAUCUUAUGGAGGAUGACAUCAUGCUGCUGGAUGCCUGGACGACGCUCUUCCUUUGGAUUGGAAGCAAGGCCUCCAGGGAGGACCGUAAAAACAGCUUCAAAUAUGCAGAGGAGUACCUAAAAAGUGACGCCAGUGCACGAGAGCCAACGCUACCCCUUGUCUGGAUCAAGCAGGGGCUGGAACCACCCAUUUUUACGGGGUUCUUUGACAUUUGGGACGAACAGUACUGGCAGAAACUCCCCACGUACGAGGGCAUCAAGAACGAAAUCUGGCAGAGCAACCAGAACCUGAUUGCAAUACAGCAAGAAGCAGCGAAGAUGCGAAACGUCCGGGCAGAGGUGGAGAAGUACCCGUUGGCUGCAUUGCAGGUGAAGAACCCGGAGGAACUCCCGCCGUAUGUGGACCCCGCCAACAAGGAGGUGUACCUGGCAGAUGCCGACUUUGAGCGGCUUUUCAAAAUGCCCUACGAAAGCUUCGACAAACUUCCUGGCUGGAAGAAGCUCGAAAUGAAGAAAAAAGUGGGUCUCUUCUAAAAGGGCCAUCUCACCAAAGAUCGUACAUUUAUUUACACACCAGAGUAAAAAUUGAGGCUUUCCUUA